GAAGGGGUAUUGUUACAGUUAAAAAGUGAUACGUAAUCUAUUUAAAUCCCAAUUCCUUUGGAUUUUAAUUUUUCUGACGAAAAAAUUCAAUUCAAUUAACAAACAUUCGACCUCUCGGUAAAGAUUCUAAGCUCUCCCGCACCCCAAAUUAAUCCGCCAAUCUCCACCCACCGCCACUGUCACAGUCGCCGUCACCAGAAGUUAUUAGAUUAGUAAUGGAGCGAGAAGAAGGAAUAAGAGAUGAUGGAUUGGGUACGGGUGAUUCUGACAGCAAACAGAAAGAGGUCGGUGAAUCGGUUUCUGGGUUAAAUGAGAACGGAAAUGAACACAUGGGGUGCAGUCAAGAAAAUCAAGCGGAAGACAGUAAUGCUGAAGAAGAAUAUGACGACGAUGAAGAAGAAGAAGAGGAAGACGCAGAAGCAGAAGAACCUUAUACCCUAACAUUUGAAGGAGAGAUAAAUCCAUUGGAUUUCACUGAGGUUGAUGCUAAUGGUGUUCAACCUUAUCAACAUUUGGAACGUAUGGAGUAUGAAGCUUUGGCUGCUAAAAAGCGUUUAGCAGACCUCGAGUACGAGCGUCAAGGAAUGCCACCACAAAAGAAGUCGAGAAAAGAGGAUUUUUAUGAAGCAACCUUUCAGGAAUUAGUAGAUGAAAUGACCAAUGCAAAGAAAAGAAAGUCAAAGAAGAUUGGGAAAAGAGGUAGGAAGAAGGGAUCUAAGAGGAAAGUUAGUCCGGAGAUAACACGCAAAUUAGGUGAUGCUACACUCUUUUAUGCACAUGGACAAUAUGAAAAGGCCAUACCUCUGUUGAAAGAUAUCAUUCUGAGGUCACCAAACCUGCCUGAACCUUAUCAUACACUUGGUCUUAUAUAUAAGUUGCAAGGGGAUAAAAAGAGAGCCUUGGGGUUUUAUAUGCUUGCUGUACAUUUAACGCCAAAGGAUGCAUCUCUCUGGAAGUUACUUGUUACUUGGUCUAUGGAAGAAGGAAAUCGUGGACAAGCUCGUUAUUGUCUUGACCGAGCAAUAAAAGCAGAUCCUGAAGAUAUUGGCCUUAGAUAUCACCGUGCCACACUUUUUGUUGAGCUUGGAGAACAUCAAAGGGCAGCUGAAUCAUAUCACCAAAUCUGGCAACUCCGUCCUCAGAAUCUUGAAGCACUCAAGACAGCUGCAACACUGUACCAAAAAUGUGGUCGGAAUGAACGUAGUGUCAACAUUCUUGAAGACUAUUUGAAAAAGAAUCCAAAAGAUGUUGAUCUUAGUGUGAUUCUUUUAUUGGCUUCAGUGCUUAUGUCGGGAAAUGCUUAUGCAAAAGCUCUUCACCAUAUUGAGUAUGCACAACAAACUUAUUCCGCUGAUAAAGAGUUACCAGCUGAGUUUUUGAUAAAAGCAGGAAUAUGCCAUGUUCAUCUUGGAAACAUGGAAAAAGCCGAGGCUUUCUUCCGCGUGUUCAGACACGGGAAUGCAAAUGAUUGCACUCACUUGGUUAUUGAAGUUGCAAACACGUUAAUGAGUGCUAAGCAUCAUGAAUCUGCGUUGAAGUACUACCUGAUGUUAGAAGGAAGGGACAGUUGCAACAAAGGCCUACUAUAUUUGAAUAUCGGGCGAUGUUAUUCUUUCGUAGAUGCAAGAACACAAGCAAUUGCCUACUUCUAUAAAGCUUUGAAUGACCAUGAGCACGAUAUUGAUGUGAGGUUGGAACUGGUGUCACUUCUCUUAGUAGAAAAUAAAGAAGAUGAAGCCAUUUGUGUACUUUCUCCUCCCGAUUCAGAAUCAAUAGUUAACCAAACAUCUGAUAAGGGGAAACCGUGGUGGACUGAUGGAAAAAUAAAGUUAAAGCUAUCUUACAUUUAUAAAUCCAAAGGUUUGACCGAGGCCUUUGUAGAGGCAAUAUAUUCAUUGGUUCGUGAAACGUUGCUUCUUGAAACUUUCCAGCCGAAGGGUAGAAAAAAGAAAAGGCUAACAAAAAGCGAGCUUCUAAAAAGAGUUCAAGUACUAGAUGAAUAUCAAGAUCACAACGUAUUUCAAGGAUACCGUCCUGUUGCUUCGUCUUAUGAUCUAUCAAAAGCUGCACGAGCAAAGAAGUUGCUCCAGAAACACGAAACAAAAAGAGAGGAAAAACGGGCUAGAGCGCUAGCUGCUGGAGAUGUGUUGCAGAGUGACGAUUCAGAUGGCGAAUCUCCUGCAUAUAGAGAACCUCCCCUGCCAAAUCUCUUAAAGGAUGAGGAGCAUCUUACGCUCAUUGUAGAUUUGUGCAGAGACUUGGUAUCUAUGCAAAGAUAUUGGGACGCUCUGGAAAUCAUCAACCCGAGUCUGAAAUUAGCACAAAACACUCUAACAAUAGAGAAGCAAGAGGAGCUUCGAUCACUUGGAGCACAGAUAGCAUAUAAUAUUGAUGGUCCUGCGAAUGGACGGGAAUGUGCGCGACACAUUGUUAGCCAAAAUCCUUACAGCUUUGCAGCAUGGAAUUGCUACUAUAAAAUCAUAUCAAGAUGCAGGCUGGAUAAUUUUAGCAAAUUCUUGCGUGAGAUGAUUGUAAAGCAUGAAGAUUGUGUACCACCAAUUUUAAUUAAGGGACAUCAGUUUACCAUGAAGAGCCAGCAUCAAGCCGCUGCAAGAUAUUACUUGAAAGCAUAUAAAUUGAUGCCUGAGAAUGCGUUGAUCAAUCUUUGUGCUGGAACGGCCCUAAUCAACCUAGCCCUUGGAUUAAGACUUCAUAACAGGCAUCAGUGUGUUUUGCAAGGUUUAGCUUUUCUCUACAACAAUCUUCGCCUUUCAGGGAACAGCCAGGAAGCUUUAUACAACCUAGCACGAGCUUAUCAGCAUGUUGGUCUAAUAUCGAUUGCGGCUACGUACUAUGAAAAGGUGCUUGCGGUUCAUCAAAAAGAUCACCCUAUCCCAAAGCUACCGAAUGAUGGUCCAGAAAUCACAAAUGAUCUCAAGCCUGGUUAUUGUGAUCUUAGAAGAGAGGCGGCUUACAAUUUGCACCUAAUUUAUAAAGAAAGCAAAUCUAUGGAUCUUGCCAGGCAGGUGCUUAAAGACCAUUGUAGUGUUUAAGUAAUGACCCGUAUGUAAUCUUGUGUAGUUAAAAUCAGUAAUGUAAAAUCUGAAUGCAUAGUUAGCGUCAAUAUAGGUACAUGAAUUUUAUCGCUUUUUAACAUCUACUUGUAUCCAACUGGUCUUGGCCUUAUUAAGAAUGAUGGGGAAAAAUGAUGGUAGCUUGGAAUA